AUCAGCGAGUGUGAUGUAGGUUUCGCGGGGGAUUCGUGUUAUAUUUAUGUUACUUAACAACAACAAAAUAUAUAUAUAUAUAUAUAUAUAUAUAUAUGUGUGUAUGUUACUUCAGUUCGCGCGAAUGGGGAGCCACGAUCUGAUGACCACCACACAGAAAUCCAUCUAAAAAAAAUCGAAAUAUUAGAAAAAUCGUCUAGCUUCAGAAAUGCUUUUUCGCUCCAUUGUCGACAGAGGAGUCCGUAGACGGAGGUGCAAUGACCUCAACCCAAAAUACAAUUUGUCCUCUCUGCUGGACUGCUACCAGUGUACCCGUCAUGAUGAACACAUCACAUACGUGAAUCCGGGGGUCGCCUUCGCUACAGCCCCGGGGCUGCAGGGCGUCCUUGCAGUGACCAGUGAGGAGGGAGUCCUGAGGCUGUACAACACAGAGAACCGACAGAGUCCACUGCUGAAAGAAUGGUUGGCACAUGAUAAUGCAAUCUGUGACCUUGCUUGGGUGCCAGGGGAGGCUAGCUUGGUGACUGCGUCAGGUGAUCAGAUGGCCAAGCUGUGGGAUGUGACAUCAGGGGAGCUCCUUGGUAGCUUCAAGGGGCACCAGUGCAGCCUCAAGUCUGUUGCAUUCACACAGCAGGAGAAAGCUGUGUUCUGUACUGGGGGCCGAGAUGGGAAUAUUAUGGUCUGGGACACAAGGUGCAGCAAAAAAGAUGGCUUCUACAGGCAGGUAAAGCAGAUCAGUGGAGCUCACAAUAAGAUGGACAGAAACACACUCUCUAAGACAAAGAAGAAACGCCCCGGCACACGCGGCAUGGACCCCUCUGUGGACUCCCAGCAGAGUGUCACGGUGGUUCUGUUCCAGGAUGAACACACACUCAUCUCCUCAGGUGCUGUUGAUGGGAUAAUCAAGAUGUGGGACCUCCGGAAAAAUUACACAGCGUACCAUCAUGACCCCAUCCCACUCCAGGCGUACCCGUACCCAGGGACUAGCACACGGAAGCUAGGUUACUCAGGGCUGGUGUUGGACUCCACUGGCUCCAACCUGUUCUCCAACUGCACUGACAACAACAUCUACAUGUUCAAUGUCAGCGGGCUGAAAACCACUCCAGUGGCAGUCUUCGGUGGUCACCUCAACUCCUCGUUUUACGUGAAGUCCACUGUUAGCCCCGACAACCAGUUCCUGGCUAGUGGCUCAAGUGACCAUCAUGCGUACAUCUGGAAGAUCUCCGACCCAAAACACCCUCCCAUGAUGCUUCAGGGCCACAGCCAGCAAGUGACCUCCGUAGCAUGGUGCCCCACAGAUUUCACAAAGAUUGCUUCCUGCUCUGAUGACAACACCAUACGGAUCUGGCGUCUGGACCGGGGUACAGAUGGAGCAAAGUCUUCUGUCGGAGAGGCCAAUCUGGUGGGCUGGGCAUGUCCUAAACCUGCCACCACCAUGCCCAGUCCAAUGCCUUUGAACCAGGCGGAGUGCACCCCAGCCAAGAGUCCCUGGCCAAGGCAUCUGGGGGCCCUGGCCUCCCCCCAGCCUGCUGCCUGUGCCCCCAGAGGAGCAGACCUGCCUCUCGCCUCAUGCACCACCGCCGCCUCCCCCCUUCAGGCCCAGGGCUCCAGGGCCACCCUCAUACGUCAGAAAACGCCCUCCAUCAGCAACUGGUUUGCCCGGACUCCCGGGGAACAGAUCACCCCUCCUCUCCGCAAGGUGCUUAGCCCCUGUCCCAUCCCUACCCUUUCCUCGGAGAGGACGGCCAAGCGCCGGCUGGAGAAUGGUGACAGUAGGGCGGCAGGGGGCUGUGAAGGUUCAGGGGAGUGUGACUGCAUCACAGGGCUCUACCCUGCAGCCAAGAGGAGCCGGGGACUAGCAGGAGUGUGCUGCCCUAGCCAGGAGCCACCUCAUGCGGCCACAGAGAGGAGCGAGGCCUGGGGAAAAGCAGACCUCCAAGUGGAAGACCAGAGGCCUGUCCCAGCCACACAGGCUGACAAGGAGAAGAGCUCUCCAAAAGGGGCAGACUGGUUGUCAGCAAUGAGCCAGAAGCGGAAAGGUGUGGGAAAACCCAGCAGCACUCCCAGAAGCACCAGUGCCCCCAAGAGACAAGAUGGCAGGAUACCGACCUCACCAGUAUACACAAGAUCCUAAAAUUACAAGUUGACCAGAAAUGUAUGAAGUCUAUUGAUGUUCUUAACAGGAUUUGCGCCAUCUCUUGGACGUGUUUUUCAUAAUGUGAUAACACAUGGUGUUCAAAAUGUAGAAAAAACAUUGAUGUCUCUUACUGCAUAACCAGGAACCUGUUAUCAUUUACCUUUCUGCUGUUCCCUCCUUCUCCCAGGCAAUGUCCUCUCCCUCCUGGGCAAUGCGCUCACUGAAAUCCAUUAAGAAAAUAUCUUCCUAGUUCAAGCGAAGGACUUGGGAGUGAUCAGCUUGGAAUGAAAUGGUUUUCUCCGUGCUGAUUCAGAGACAAAUAUUAUAUUUGUAAUAAAAUAUAUAUUUCCUA